AUGGCCAACUCUGGAAUUCAGCUCUUGGGUUUUUUCCUGUCCCUCAUUGGUAUUGUUGGACUGAUCAUAGGGACUAUUUUGCCGCAGUGGAAGAUGUCAGCCUACAUCGGGGACAACAUCAUCACGGCAGUGGCCAUGUACCAGGGACUGUGGAUGUCCUGCGCGUUCCAAAGCACCGGACAGCUCCAGUGUAAAAUCUACGACUCUAUUCUGCAGCUGGACAGUUCACUUCAGGCGACUCGAGCCUUGAUGAUAGUAGGCAUCAUCGUGUCCAUCGCAGGGCUGGGCGUGGCCUGUAUGGGAAUGAAGUGCACCACCUGUGGAGCUGGUGACAAACUUCGCAAGUCCCGCAUCGCCAUGACAGGAGGGAUCAUCCUUCUAGUGGGAGGGUUGUGCGCCAUCGUAGCGUGCUCCUGGUUUGCUCAUAACGUGAUCCGAGCUUUCUAUAAUCCAUACACUCCCGUCAACACCAAGUUUGAGUUCGGCGCCGCCAUCUUCAUUGCGUGGGGUGGUUCGCUCCUCGACGUCCUGGGCGGGGCCAUGCUGGCUGCUUCUUGUCCUCGAAAGAAGCAGGUAUCCAAAUAUCCCUCCAUGGCCAGCUCCCGCUCCGGCCCCCCGAGCAGCGCUAAGGAAUACGUCUGAGAGCGCCCCUGU